AUGGAUGACAUAUCUUUGUCUACAAGUUGUAUCAAGUCUAAAAUAAUUUGGUACUUGUUACUUCCAAAUAUUCAAUACAUGCAAGUGCCACUUACCAAUAUACCAUCAGUAUUAGACUUAUACACAUUUGAUGUAAUAUCGUCUGGAGGUGGUACUUUUGGUAAAAGAUAUGAAAUUUUGUCUCAAGAUCGUACAAAUAAGAGUCGGUUAUAUGAAGGAGAUGUAAAAACUAUUACGCUAGUAAAUAAACAUGCAAAACAAUUAUUUAAUUCAACGUUUGCAUAUACAGAGUAUCUUGGAUGUUCUUUGCGA